UUGCUGACCGAAGCAAAGAAUGACCGAAGACAGAAGUCAGAACACGUGUAUGAAUGGAAUAUAAACAUGGCAGCCGGUGGAAGUAUAAAUCAUCCAAAAUCAGCCCAAGCAAGGUCCAAAAGGAAGGGAGGUAAAAUAAGUAAAAAGAAAAAGCAGAAGAAAAAGAUAAAUGUGGAUCCUCUGACUACUUCUCACAUUAUUAAGAAAACAAGAACAAAUCCAAAUGCUAACAUUACCCUAUCUGGAAAGAAAAGAAGACUUCUUUUGAAAGAACUCAAGAGAGAGGAACAAGACAAGAAAAGAAUGGAUGUGGAGGUUGUUGAUAAACCCAAGGCAGAAAUAUCAAAGAAAGUAAGGCACACAGACACAAUUGAAAAAAUGGACAUGACCUAAGUUGUGAGUGAAUAGAUGAACAGUACAGACAAAAUAUAUCACCAACUGAACUCUUAAAUUUAAGCUGGUUUAAAACUGAGCCCAAUCAACUUUUGAACAAUUAGAGGUAAUGUAUCUUACAUGUGCAAACUCUUGCCAUGCUAACUUUGCUCAGUAAUUUAAUGCAUAAAUGGUGUUUCAAGUCAGCAUAACAAUUUCAUCAACUGCUUGCAAAAACAGAACCUAGCCAUAGGGAAAUUGUAUGUAUAAUGUAUAGUAAAUGUACACUUUGACCAGGGGCCAGUUGUAUAAAAGACAGUCGACUUUAAACUGUAAUUAAGGACAGAAUUUGCCAAUCAGAGUUGGGUAAUGUAGUAAUGUAUAAUUACUAUAUUAUAUUGACUAAUUACCAAAAAAUAUCUCAUGCAAUCUUGGGCUGCCUAUGGUUAACUAGGCAAAAUGUAGUUAGGGAAUUUUACAACUGGCCCCAUUUCUGUUCCCAUAGCCAUGCAUAGACAGUGACAUAAUAACUAUAACAAUUUCUGAAGACCAAGUUUAUAGUAUCUUUCAUUGUUAAUUGCAGAUGAAAUUAAUAUUAUAUUAGCAUGUAAACUCAUGAAUGAAUUUGUGAAUAAAUAGUCCCUUGAUAGUUCCUUAUG